CUUAUGGGACACCGUACAAGCCGUUCUGUGUGGAUUCAAGAUGGCGGUCUCCAUGAGCAGGGGCAUGAAACGCGUUUUAAGUUUCAUUCAAAAGAACAAUCUUAAAACAAGGUCGUUUUGCACCCAAAAGGCGUCCGAAGUGAAGGGCCUCCAUGAAGGGCGUGUGUUCUCAGGAAUCCAGCCCACUGGGAUUCCUCACUUGGGAAACUACCUUGGAGCUCUGGAGAGCUGGGUGUCCAUGCAGAACGACUACAGCUCCGUGUUGUACAGCAUCGUUGAUCUGCACUCCAUCACCCAGCCUCAGAACCCAGAGUUACUACAGAACAACAUCCUGGACAUGGCAGCCAGCCUGCUGGCCUGUGGCAUUGACCCCGCACGCUCUAUCCUUUUCCAACAGUCUGUGGUCUCGGAGCAUGCUGAGCUCUCCUGGAUCCUGGGCUGCCUGACCAGCAUGCCUCGUCUGCGCCACCUACCUCAGUGGAAGAUGAAAAGUAAGCAAAAAGGUGAAGGAAGUGUUGGUCUGUAUACCUACCCAGUGUUGCAGGCUGCAGACAUAUUACUCUACAAAUCCACAUAUGUACCGGUAGGGGAGGAUCAGAUCCAACAUUUAGAAUUAGCCCAGGACCUAGCCCGGAUCUUCAACAACAGUUAUGGACAGCUUUUUCCUGAGCCUCGUGCGCUACUUAGUUCUUCCCGGAAGGUGAAAUCUUUACGAGAUCCCUCCUCUAAGAUGUCUAAGUCGGACCCACAGAAGUUAGCCACCAUAUUCCUUACCGACACCCCUGACGACAUAGUAUUUAAAAUCCGCCGAGCUGUGACCGAUUUCACAUCCGAGGUCACCUUUGACCCCGUGGGCCGGCCAGGUGUAGCCAAUCUGGUGUCUAUCCAUGCUGCCGUCUCGGGCCAGACUGUUGAGGACGUGGUCAGGUUAGCCGAAGGGCUGGACACUGGCAAGUACAAAACUGUGGUCGCAGAAGCUGUGGUGCAGAGACUAGAGCCCAUAAGGCAGGAGAUCCAGAGACUGAAGGCUGACAGGAGCCACCUGGAGAGCGUGUUAGUCGAGGGAGCGGAGAAAGCCCGCAGUCUGGCUGCCCCAGUGAUGCAGGAGGUCAGGAAGCGGGUGGGCUUCUCCUAAUCAUCAGAUGACGCAGUGUGUCACAGGUGGAUGUAUAGUACAGUGUGAAUGAGAGUUUAUAGAUGAUAAAUCGCUAUAAUGUUGUCACUUGUAUACGUUGCAAUUUUAUGUUUGUAUUUAUUUCAGUCCAUGCUCCUCUUCUGUGUACGUGUUUUCAUCGAUACGAUAAUAGCUCUCCACACAGGAACAUCGCAAUGUCCCCUUAAGUCCACAUGUAGAAGGACAUCUGUUUAAGAACAGGUGACAUUGAACGCUUUCCACAGACUGGUAGAAUGACACGGCCUCAACCGUGAUAAGGAUGAUCGUCUCAGCCUUUCUGCUUCAUUGAAACAUCUUCAGAAUUUGUUUUGAUCUCCACACUAGAAUAAAUCACUGUAAAGCUGGA